ACUGCAUUCCCCACUGUUCUUCUGCACGUCCGCUUCGAACCUCGAGCGCGUCCCGCAUACCUCCCACCACAUCACCCCACAAUCGCUACACACGUACCUUUACCGCCGCAUCGAUAUCCCAGCACCCGUCGCUACACAGCCUGGACGGCUGCACCGCCAGCAUGGCGAAGCAAGUGAAGGGCAAAACGCCCAUCGCGGUCAUGAACAAAUAUGUUUACGACGCCUUCCUCUGGACCUUUUCUAUUCUGGUUGAGCUGUUCUUCCGCGAAGUUCACCCCAGGAGCAGCUGGAAGGUCCCUAAGGAGGGCCCGGUCAUCUUCGUGUGCGCGCCACACGCCAACCAGUUUGUUGAUCCUCUGAUGUUGAUGCGCGUAGUCAAGAAGGAGUCUGAUCGCCGCAUUCAGUUCUUAAUUGCCGACAAGUCCAUGAAGAGGCGAUUCAUUGGCGCCAUGGCCGGCUUGACUGGUGUCGUGCCUGUGGGCAGAGCCAUGGACGCCACGAAGCCUGCCACGGGCAUGGUCUAUCUCCCGGACCCGAUCAACGACCCGUGUCUACUCCGAGGUGUUGGGACCAACUUUGAAGAUUCCAUGUUCAUGGUCGGUGGCUCCAUUGUGCUGCCAAAGGUCGACAACAAGGCAGCCACUGCUGAGAUACUGGAAGUCCGGGGACCAGAAGAGAUCAGGCUAAAGCGUGGCUUCAAGGGCGGUGUUGCUAUGCAACAGCUUACUGGACGUAAUGACAUGACCAAGGACGGCGUUUUCAUCGACGGUGCCUCAGCAAGGAGAGGCGUCGCAGAUGGCUUCGAGGGUAUCAACUUUCUCGUGGCACCGAAGCUCGAUCAGACUGAGGUCUAUGACGCUGUGCACGCCGUGCUCCAUCACGGGGGUAGCAUUGGCAUCUUUCCCGAGGGUGGUAGCCACGACCGAACCGAUCUCCUGCCGCUGAAGGCUGGUGUCGCUAUCAUGGCCUUAGGUACAGUUGCAUCAAAGCCAGAUUGCAACCUGAAGAUUAUACCGGUUGGCAUGAACUACUUCCAUGCCCAUAAGUUUCGCUCAAGGGCCGUCAUCGAAUUCGGCACACCGAUCAAUAUUCCACCUGAGCUUGCUCAAAAGUUUGAAGGACCAGGCAGACGCGAAGCUAUUGGCGAUAUGCUUGAGUCCGUCCGUCAAGGUCUCAUCUCAGUCACUGUUACGACACCAGAUUAUGAAACGCUACAGGUUAUUCAAGCGGUUCGCCGGUUGUACAACUCCAAAGGUACAAAGCUUCCGCUACCUAGGAUUGUGGAACUCAAUCGACGACUAGUCAAAGGAUACGAGCGCUUCAAGGACGAUCCUCGUAUUGUUAAGCUCAGGACAGAGGUUAUCUCGUACAAUGCCAAACUCAGGGCCGUUGGAUUCCGGGAUCACCAAGUGCAGUAUGCCACAAUGCAUCCUCUCAAGGCUUUCAUCCUGUUCUGGUAUCGCCUCAGUAAGUUACUCAUACUUACGGCUUUCGUUCUGCCUGGUACUAUGCUUUUUGGGCUAGUCUUCGUCGCCACCAAGAUGAUUUCCAUCAAGAAAGCAAAGGAAGCGCUCGCAGCGUCCAACGUCAAGGUUCAAGCUCGAGACGUCAUGGCCACCUGGAAACUACUUGUUGCCAUGGCGGUCGCCCCCGCAUGCUACCUGUGGUACAUCAGCCUAGGUCUCCUCUGGUAUCGUUACAACAACUGCAACGGCUAUGUUCCAGCAGGGAUCCAAAAGCGCUACCUUAUCGUCAUUCAGGCCAUCAUCUACCCCACUGUAACUUAUGCAGCUCUCCGCUUUGGCGAAGUUGCAAUGGAUAUCCUGAAAUCUCUUGUUCCGUUGUGGAAGAUGAUGAAUCCUUUCUCUUCUGAAGAGCUGGUUAAGAUCAAGCAACGCCGCGAAAACCUUGCUGAGCGCGUUAACGAACUCAUUAAUGAGCUUGGUCCCGAAAUGUUCGACGACUUUUACAGCAAACGCAUCCUUCACGAUCCAUUCAUUGAGCAAGGAGAACCCGGCACGCCGCCGCAGAAGUCUCGCGCUGAGGCCGAAGAGGAAGGUCCAGCCAGUAUCGAGACGUACGAUUACCCCAUAUCCCCAACAAGUCCCGGCACAGAGAACGAGCUACCUCGCAACGAGUCUUUCCAUGACCUCGCGAACCAGGAUAUUUUCUCUACUCGCCCACCGACGCCCAAGAGAGGAAGAAGCAGGAACAGUAGUAGUUCCAAUCUGGGUUUCCAGCUCAAACCGUUCAGUACGAUUGAUGGCAAUCUGGACAUAGUCAAGCAGCGACUUAAGGAUGGUGUAAGGGAGCGCAGGCACAAGAGACGGAGUAGUGGAGCGAGUGGACUCCAGGAUGGAUUUGAAAGUGAUCGGAGCAGCGAGGCUGGGGAGCUGGAAGGGUUGACUAUGACGAAGAGGAAGUCUAAGUGAAUGAGAUCGCAGACCGUAGCGAGUCACUCUGGAGGGUUGGCAGGAGACAUAGAAAGAGGAGCGCGACUU